AUGAGGCCAACUUACCAACAAGUGAUAGAAGAGAUCGAAAAAAUUCUAAUCUCCACAAGAAUACCAGCAAUGGGAAUAGCUCCAUUCGACCCCCACUUCGCGCCAGAAGUGAAACAAAUACGUUCUGUGGGAGGAAUGGGUUACACUCUUACCUUGAAAAAUGUCUUUGAAAGAGGCUGGACACAGUCUACUGUUACUAAAUAUAAAACUGAUUGGGAAAACCAAAGAAUAAUUUACUCACAAUAUUUCCCUGAGAAGUGGUUAGAAGGUGAUUACGAAUUUAAGGGUGACGCAUUCGGUCUAGGCGUCCUCCGUAUGGGUCGUUGGAACCUUACUCUCCGCGACUACUCGCAGACCACUCGAAUCAAACGCAAUGGCGAUGGUGUCGACGUGCAUGUCGAAAUCGAUCAUAUUGGCGAUAUGGACAUUCAUAUCGGAAACCUAUUGGAGGGCAGAAGUAUUAUGGAAAACGUUUUGGACCGCAUCAUAAACGCAUCAUGGAAGCCGGGCUUCGCAGUCAUAAGACCACUUAUCAACGACCUCGUGAGCACCGCCUUCACAGAUAUUUGGAGCAAGUCCUUCCAACACUUCCCCGUUGAAGCCUUUAUUAGAGACUGA